AAACUUUGAUUUGACAUUUCAUCGGCGAGCGAAUGUGGUUUGGAAAUAUCUGUUUGUGUCUCUAUUGCAUUCAUCGGCUGUUAUAAAUCUUUUCAAUUAAAGGUAAAAUUUCUAUUUUACAACCAUGACUGGUAUAAUGGAUUCUAUAGUAAUGCCAAAAUUAGCCGAAAAUCAAAAAUCCUUCGCUGGCAUACCAGAGGCCAUAUUUCUGGAAGAAAUUGAUACUUUUAUGGCACAACCAGAAAAUGAAGACAAUUGUGAAAAAGUACUACAGAGAUUAGAUGAACAACAUAGCAAGUACAGAUUUAUGGCCUUUAAUCUUGAAGCACGUCGACGCAAACUAAAAUCACAGAUUCCAGACCUGCAGCGUUCUUUGGAGAUGAUAAAUGUUUUAAGAGAAGAAAAAGAGGAACGUGAAACCCAGUUUCUACUAAGUGAUCAAGUUUUUAUAAAGACUCUUGUACCACCAACGAAAACGGUAUGUCUUUGGCUAGGUGCCAGUGUGAUGUUAGAGUAUCCAUUGGACGAAGCUGAAGAGCUUUUGAAGCAAAACAUGACCUCUGCAGUUGUAAAUCUUAAAACAGUUGAGCAUGAUCAAGAUUUCCUUAGGGAUCAGUUGACGACUACUGAGGUAAAUAUGGCUCGCGUCUACAAUUGGGGUGUAAAAAAAAGGCAAGCUGCGGCAAAAACGUCUCCAUCUUCAUCAUAAUUUUGAAAAUUUAUUGAUAAAUAUUCGUUGGCAUUGACAACUUUAAACAUUAAGAGUCAAAACUGUUUGCUUUGAAGCUUUUUCUGCUCGAUAGAAUGAAUCACCAGUCUCAUAAAAUAUACGCAUUGAAAUUA